AGAUGAUGUAGACCUCCCCCGCAACAAGAAGAAGUCACCAUCGAAAAAGCAGGGCAGUGGGUCGAAGAGGAAGAGCGGUCGCGGAAAAUCAAAGCAGUAUCCUUCCUUUCUCCAGGUGGUAGAAGAGGACGAAAGUGGGCCUGUUGCUGCAACGGGGACCGCCGCCGCCUCCGGUCGGGACCAUGAAAACACGCCGUCGUGGUCUGCGGGGGACGAUGAACAAGGGAACUACCACUCCGUCGGGGGAUCACGACCAGGAGAAGAGACAGAGCCUCGUCUCGGAGACCACACGGGGAACAGCGUCACAGACAAUAUCAAAUGCAAAAAUGUCUGGGUCUGGACGGUUGGAACUUGUCAUGCUGGAUUUGGAUUCCACAAGAAUAAAUCUGCAUUGCGUGAACAGCAAAAGAGGUCCAGUUUUUGCCACGGCGAUAGGGCAUUUCUCAUGCAGUAUAGGCAUCAGGAAGCCCUCGCAAAAUCUGUGAUGCUAGAGCAUGCAUCACAGACAUCAGGAGUCAUGCAAAAUGUGCAUGACAAACGCAAACCUUGCACUCUUCCAGACCCAGACAUUUUUGCAUUUGAUAGACAGCGACGCAUCGCAGGAGGAGG